GCCGGCCCUCGGGAGGGGCGGGCGGCGGGAGCGCGGGCCGCAGUGUUGCCGCGGAGUCCGCCGAGCUGUCGUCGCCUCCGCCGCUAUGGGACAGAUCGAGUGGGCCAUGUGGGCCAACGAGCAGGCGCUGGCGUCCGGCCUGAUCCUUAUCACGGGGGGCAUCGUGGCCACUGCCGGCCAGUUCACCAGUUGGUGGUUCGGCGCGUACUCCAUCGUAGCGGGUGUCUUUAUCUGCCUGCUGGAGUACCCCCGCGGGAAGAGGAGAAAGGGGUCCACCAUGGAGAGAUGCGGACAGAAGUACCUGACCAAAGUGGUGAAGGUGUUGGGACCUCUCUCCAGGAACUACUACAUCCGGGCCGUCCUGCACCUGGGGCUCUCGGUACCUGCCGGCUUCCUGCUUGCCACCAUCCUGGGGACAGCCUGCCUGGCCAUCGCGAGCAGCAUCUAUCUGCUGGCAGCCUUCCACGGAGAGCAGUGGACCCCCAUCGAGCCCAAGCCCAAGGAGCGGCCGCAGGUCGGGGGCACCAUCAAGCAGCCGCCCAGCAACCCCCCGCCCCGGCCCCCGGCCGAGGCCCGAAAGAAGUCCGACGAGGAGGAGGCCGGGGCAUCGGCAGGCGUUUCCGGCGGCCCUCAGGAGAACCCGGUCCCGGUGGUCGACGAGGUCGUGUGACGGGCGUCUCCGGCCGUCCCCCGCGUGGCUCCCAAAAUAAACCAUGGAGAGCAGGCUCCCUGACUCCCCGUGUGCACACCACACCCAAUCCCAGCUCUGCCUUCUGCAUAAAUAAAUCCAGGAUGGGCGCUCCCCGCCCCCCUGCCUCCCCCA